AAAUAAAACACUAUUAGAAACCAGUAAAAGAUAAACAGACUAGAUAGCAAACGGUUGGGUAAAAAAAAAAAACACAGUAGAAAUGUGAUAGCCGUGCCAUCAUAUUAUUAGUCAUUAGCUUGUCGGACAGUCGUGUGGAGUGUACUAUACAACGUUGUUGGUGUAGUGAUAAUCAUUUUUUGAUAAUUUUUAAUUUGUUAAGUUUACCAUUUCAACGAGAAAAUGUUGAUAUUUUUAAGGAUCGCCCUAAUCGUUUUCCCAUUACUCAUAGCUAUAUUUAUGGCCGGAUUUCAAAAUCACAAUCUUCGCGAUUAUCUUUUGAUGCUCCAACUUCAGGCGCACCAACCCAAUUGGUUUAACAAAGUUAUCGUCACCCAGGUUACGGUGUACGUGUGUUUGUUCUACAGCGUGUUAAUCGUUAUCGGUGAAAUGAUUAAAGAGCCCGUUUCCAAAAAACUGGUGAUUUUUUCGACCAUUCUGCUGACAGUAUUUUGUCUGACCUCAACGUACUUCCUUAUGCAACUGCACAAAGACUUGGAGAAGUUUGACUUGUUGUUGUGCUCGUCGGCGUUUGCGAUCACCGGACUUCUUUUUACCUGUGACGCAGUUAUCACAACUCAGCAAAUCAUUGCAACGAGUCGAUAACACCCAUUCGACUGUAAAAUGUAUACUUUAUGGUAUUUUGCAUCCUAGAAAUAGUUAUUAUUAUUAUUAUUUUUGUGCAAUAUAAUUAUUUUACCUUUAACUAAGGUAUAGUUCAUAAUAUUAUUAUAUUGGACUGUGAUUAUUAUUACUACUUACCGUCUUACAAGGUUGACAAUGAAAAUAUUUUGUUUUUUUUUUGUUACAACAAAUUACAAUUUUUUUUUAAUAUAUAAAAUCGACUUUGAAGGCGAGCGAUAGUGUGGCCACUUUAAAUCAAAAUUUUUUUUCUUAUGUAUGUUUGAAAAGUAUAAUCCUAAAGAAAUUUUAAUAUUUCAUAAAAUGAUUGUACAUAAAAAAUUGAAAUUGAAAACUAAAAUACUUACUAAAUAAAAACGAUCGCAUAAAAUAACAAUAAUUGCAAUGACAAUUACUUUGAUGGAAUGCGAUAUCGUCAUUUUGGUAACACUGCAGCUCUCCUUUUUUAGCUUACUUCAUGACACCGUUUUACUCAUUGCUACCUUGCUGUAUUGUUUAUAUAUUUUUUAGAACUGCCAUCAAAAUGAUGGCCGACAAGGUAUCAAUCAAGACUGUAACAAUAGUAUUAAAGUAAAUUUGAAACCAUAAUAUAAAUCUAUGAAUUUUUUUUUU